UCUUCCAUAGUGUUUCACCUCAUCAGGGAGAAUUAUCCAAUAUGAAGUCGCUCGCAGAUCGGAUGAAGAUGCUUAGUCAAAAUGGACUCGUCGACCCCACGACGAAACGCUAUUCGCGGGAAGUUGCUCCUGGGACUCCUCCUCCCUUGUACCUGCCGGAUCCAGUCCGCUCUAAUCGAACGUCUCCCUCGUUGUCCUCGACUGUUGUCCUCAGUACCUCUUCAUCCGCAUCAAACUCUACAGCACCUUCACCAUAUGCAUUUGUCCCGCCGUCGUCACUGGGGCCGCCGUCCCCGACGUCUACUGAAUCGUCAGAGACGGGGUUUGAUCGAGUUGCUGGUGGAGUCGCUGCAGCCAAUGAAGUGGAAAAACCAAGUGCAAUCAAGGAUCUAGGAGGUAUAUCAACAUUCGAACCGGCUUCCCACCCCUGGAAUCCUACAACAAAUGACGUGCUGUCUGGCAUACCCUCAUCACCUGAGCGCCGGUUUCCGGAAUUGCUAAUGGACACCUCAGGGUCAACUUUCGAAUCAGCUUUACGCCCCUGGAAACCUUCAACAAAUGACGCCCUGUCUGGCAUACCCUCAUCACCUGAACGCCGGUUUCCGAAAUUGCCGAACGAUUCUCCAGGGCUAUUGCUUAAGUCCCACGAUUCAGAUACAUUAAGUGACACUCCCGCUUCCAUAAGCCGCGCGAACAUUCUUACGCAUAUCCCGUCAUCCAUAUCAUACAGUUAUAGCCGUCCUGAUAGUACACCCCGCACACCUCCCGUGAUACCCCAUUCUCUCGCGAACGGUUCUGCAGCGGCAUUCACAUCGAUCCAAUACCCCUCCUUCUCAACCACAAGUCAUUCCUCUGCUUCGAGGUCAGGGGCCACGUCCUUAAUCUCUCACCCCCCAGCGAUUCCACCGCAAGCGAGCAUCAACCACUCUCCGCUUGUCCGGAGGCGAAGCGACUACGUCGAACAGGGUACUGGCAGUGCGUCGUUUAGUGCUCGCCUCCCCAUCGACUACCCCGAUCUACCUCAUUCUCACAUUAUUCGCCCUCCCCCUCCGGUUGCUUCCUCCUCGUUCCAACGACAUCAUUCGCACUCGCAGUCCUAUUCCGUUAGCACGCUUAAGGAGCCUCCCAAACCGCCUAUAAUAGCGUCUGAUUAUCCCGUGACAUAUUGGUCUGACAUGCAGAUUGUCACGGUUGGCCUCAAGAAUUUGGGAAAUACAUGUUACAUGAAUGCUACAAUUCAGUGUCUCAGUGCCACGGUGCCAUUCGCGAGAUUCUUCACUGAAGGCCGGUGGAAGAAGGCUGUCAAUGCGGUCAACCCCAUGGGAACGAAGGGGAACCUCGCAUCGGCGUUCGCAACUAUUCUCUACGAAAUGUCACAUUCCGAGCUUCCGCAUCUGAUCCCCGCUUCGUUCAGGAAAUCAAUAUGUACACAUGCUCCUCAAUUUUCAGGAUCUGACCAGCAUGACUCGCAAGAAUUCCUCACCUUCUUACUUGAUGGUCUCCAUGAGGACCUCAAUCGUGUCCUUCAUAAACCAUCCAACGGAACGACGCCUGAACGCGAGGCCGAACUGGAGCGGCUUCCUCAGUCGAUUGCCAGUGCACAAGAAUGGGAGAUUUACCGAAUGCGGAACGAUUCACUUAUUGUAGAUUUCUUUCAAGGACAAUUUAAGAAUCGGUUGGUGUGCUUGACAUGUCGUAAGACAUCGACGACGUAUAAUUCCUUCAUGUACCUUUCGCUUCCCAUGCCUUCCGUAAAAGGCCUGUCCAAGACAUCCCUGCAGUCGUGCCUAGACGCUUUUGUUAAAGAAGAAGUACUUUCGGGAACGGAGGCUUGGCACUGUCCGCAUUGCAAAACCUUGCGUAAUGCCACCAAACAGCUCUCGUUAUCACGCCUUCCACCAAUCCUGCUCAUUCACCUGAAGCGCUUCUCGCACAAAGGGGUAUUCACAGACAAGAUUGAGACCGUCGUCGACUUUCCUCUCAAGGGUCUGGAUCUGACGAAUUACAUGCCUCCAGCUCUACCCCCUGGGAUGCAUAAAGGUUCAGCGAAUGGUAUUGGUGAUCCGCGAGUACAGACGCCACCAUACAAAUACGAUCUAUACGGCGUGACGAAUCAUUUUGGAAAUCUAAGCAAUGGACAUUAUACCGCUUUUAUCGCUUCUCGUGGAGGAUGGGUUUAUUGUGACGACAGUCGGGUCAUGCCAACUGACGCCAAGGACAUUGUGGGACGCCCAGCAUACGUGUUGUACUACAAGAGAAUCGAAUCAUAGAUCAAAUCACUAUUUAAGAUGCUUAUUUGGAUGUUUAUCUCCUGGAGUCAAAUCAAACUUAUAUCACUAUACUUGCUGUCAUCCCCUGUAGCUCGCCUGUCGACAUGACGUUCCUUACUAUUUGUUUCUUUUCACAGAAUUUUCUUAGUCUAUGUGUACUCUCACAUCAAUAAUGACAUUUACUCUCGGAGCCGGGAUAGACUACAUCGAUCUAUGAUGGACCGGUCAUGGCAGCCACAACGCGCUUCGCGUAGUGAAUACUUGCUGUUCGGGAGGCCUGGUGAUAGCUUGUGAUCAAUAAAGUUGAGAAACGCAUCGUAGUAGCAAAUAAGUAUUGAAUACGAUGACGUGGCGGCCGACAACUUACAAGUCAAUAAUAUCUCGUUAACGA